UCGACAAAUUCAAAAGCCACUAAGCAUCAGUGGACAACCAUUGAGGACGAGGCGUUAGUUGAGUGCUUACUACAACUAGUGGAGGAAGGUGGUUGGAGGGCUGAUAAUGAAACAUUCAAACCGGGAUAUUUGGUAUAAGUACAAAAACUAAUGAAAGAAAAAAUUCUUGGAAGCAACAUACAAGUGACUCCAAAUCUAGAGUCGAGAGUAAAAAUUUUAAAGAAGUAGUACACUGUCAUAGCAAAGAUGAUGAGGCUAGCUUAUAGUAGGUUUGGCUGGAAUGAGGAACGUAAGUGCAUUGAGGCAGAGAAAUCCGUGUUCGAUGACUGGGUUAAGGGACACCCCAAUGCUCGAGGCCUACUAAAUAAAGCAUUUCCUUACUUCUAUGACUUGGAAGUUGUGUUUGGUAGAGAUAGAGCUACUAUUGGUAGAUGUAAGACACCUGUUCAAAUGGGCUCACAGAUUGCAAAAGAUACUGAGGAAGAUGACAUGGACAUUAAUCUUGAAGACUUUGAUAUUCCAAAUCCACAUGGACUCGAGCCACCUUCGGGGGAGGACAUGACAUCCACUCCAACAAGUAUGGCACAUGAUGCGGGAUCAUCUAGGCCAAGUAAGAAAAGACGGUCAUAUUCAGGGGACCUCGUGAACACAUUUCAUGCAAGUAUGCGAGAAACUUCCAAGGAAAUUGGAAAGAUUGCUGCAUGGCAGAGAGAAAAGAGAAAUAGAAUCAUCCCUACACAAACAAUUAUAUGCUGAAUUACAUACUAUUCCUGGAAUGGAUGUGGAUGAUUGUUUAAUUGUAGUCGAGUCUUUAUUACCUGAUCCCACGAUGUUGCACGCAUUUCUUGACUACCCAGCAGAAUGGAAGUAUAGAAAAUGCAUGCGUAUCUUAGGAA